AUGAACUUCAGCACAAAUGCCCAUUGCGGCAGUCACACUAGCAAAGAAAACAUUCCACCUUCAAGCAAAACGGAUGCAUCGCAGGUCCAGAGAGCCAAGCAGCGGACAGUCCUCGGUGUGUUGUCGGACAAUGAGCAACGUGGUCGAUCCUUCAGCCAGGGGGGCCAUUUUUCCAAACACAGUUCGAUCUCCGACAGCUCCCAGCUCACCUUCCUCGGCCAUCCGUCCAGUUCCAGCUUCGAUGUUUAUGUCGAAGAAGCUUGUGAAGUUGUUCUUGCAGCUUCUGGUCAAGAGGUGGUCUCGGACAGCUAUUACUUAGAUGCAGAAACUGAUGCAAUGCAAAAUGAAGAUUUGAGACUCCUGCUGGACCUGAGUACAAGUUCGUGCCAGGAUGUUUCUAUGCAGUCUGACACAGACAAAUCCCUGAUGUCAGAGGAGGUGCUGCGUGUUUCCGAGUAUACACAGGACAUUCACCUGCACUUGAGGGAGAGUGAAAUGAGGUCCAGGCCAAAGCCAGGCUACUUAGAGAAACAUCCAGAGAUCACCAACGGCAUGAGGGUUAUCCUGGUAGACUGGAUGGUGGAAGUCGUCCAGGAAUACAAGCUUCGUACUGAAACUCUGCACCUUGCCGUCAACUAUUUGGACCGCUUUCUUUCCUCCAUAGCGUAUUUAAAACGGAGCAAGCUGCAGCUGGCUGGCACAGCUGCAUUAUUGAUCGCGUCAAAAUAUGAGGAGAUCUUCCCUCCCGAGCUGAACGAGUUUGUGUACACCACAGACAGCACCUACACCAAGGAGCAGUUGGUCCACAUGGAGCACAUGUUCCUAAAAGUGCUCUCUUUCAAAGUGGCAGCCCCCACCAUAAACCAGUUCCUUCGCCUUUUCAUGUCCAUCCACUCUGUCUGUGCCAACACUGAGAACCUUGCCCUGUAUGUGGCAGAGUUAAGCCUGCUGGAAAUCGAUCCAUUCCUGCAGUACACCCCAUCUAUAGUGGCAGCUGGAGCCUACUGCCUCGCCGCCUACACUGUGAACAAAUCUCUCUGGCCAGAUUCCUUACAAGCCUUGACUGGUUACACCACGGCUGAGAUUGUCCCCUGCCUGACUGACCUCCACAAGCUAUACAUCAGUGCAGAAAGUCACCCGCAACAGGCCGUCAGGGAUAAGUAUAAGAGUUCAAAGUAUUGUCGUGUGUCAUUGAUCACUGCACCUGCUGUUCUGCCUUUGCCAUGAAUAACUGCCCCACCCGUCUUCCGAUGCUUCUGCCAGAAUCUAAUUAGACUGUGAACAAAACAAACACACCUGAUUCUACUGCCAAUCCCACAUGUGCUUCGCUCCUCUGGACCCCUAAUAACUUUGAGAUUUUUUAAUAUAGUUUAUGCAAAUACAAUAAACCAUUUUUAAUAAAGCCUACAUCGUGA